ACAUCCAGCUCAAUUUAAUAAUUUGCAUCUUUUCAGGGACAUUGAAACUUACAGUAGAAAAACGUAGUUGUAUUAAACACAGUCGUAUAAAAUAAUAAAGUUUUAUUUAAAAUGAAGUUGAUAUUGUUUAGCAGUGUAUUUUUAGCAUGUAAUUGCAUUAUUUUAUGUCAAGAUGUUGUAUUUCCAGAUAAUUAUGACAAAUUACAUCCAAAUAAAAAUAAAGCAACAGUAGGGGAUCGUUUAAGUGGAUCAAUACCGAAUGAUUGUCCCAAAAAUAUGGAACUUUAUUCUAUUGAAGGAGAUAAUGUUCCUGUAUGCGAUUGUAAGGCAAGAUUCUUAUACCUUCCUUCAAAUGAUUCUUGUUAUGAAGCUUAUAGACAAGGACCUUGUCCUCCGAAUUAUUACGUUGCUCUUCCUCAAGGAGAAUCAACUGCACAAUGUGUUAAAAAUCCAUGUUUACAAGAUGGUUUAGUUAAAUACAAUAAUAUAUGUUAUCCUGUUAAAACAAAGGGUGGUCCUUGUGAGCCCGAUGUGCUAGGUAUCAAUGAAAUUACUUUUCAACUGGAAUGUAAAAAAGCCGAUAUUGCACCUCAUAUAAUAAUUGGAGCUCCUUUACUAAAUAAAACCAAGGUAGAACCAUGUCCUCCAGGCUCUCGUAGAACUACACGUGGCAAGUGCAGGAAACCAGUACCCAUGUAUAUUUCCCAUUAAAUUCAGAAUGCAACAAUGUUACAUAAAGAAUACUAACAAAAUAAUUUACUUUUUACUGAAAAGGUGAAGGUUUUUUUACUACAUCUACAAUUCUAUUAAAUCGUAGAUAUUAUAUGAAAUAUACAUUUAUGUAUAUAUUAAUAAAGAUAUUUUAUGCACUUAAUUAAUUUUUUACAAGUAUCUGCAAUAUUUGAAGAAAAUUGUUAAAGUUGUAUUUACUUGUAAACUUUUAUACUGUUAAAGUUAUAUUUGUUUUUUAUUGUAUCAAAAAACGAUAUUAAAUAAGUUUAAAAAAA